AUGGCCUACGGCGAGCUCGUGUUCAUCCCAACCCCCGGCAUGGGCCAUCUCGUAUCAAUGGUUGAGAUGGCCAAGCUACUCGUCCACCACGACCCCCAACUCUCCGAAACCGUCCUCAUCAUAAAGUUUCUCCUCGACUCCGACUUCAACUCGUACACGAACUCGCUUGCCACCUCUGUGGACGCUGCCCGCAUCCGCUUUGUCCACCUCCCGCGUGUGAACAUAGACACAGAUCUCCGCGGGCGGCUGGUGGGGAUCAUUCUCGACAUGUUCUGCACCACCGUGACUGAACUGGCCGACGAGGUCGGAGUCCCUUCCUAUGUAUUCUUCACGUCAAGCGCAGCGUUCCUUGGCCUGAUGUUGCACCUCCAGUUGCUCCAAGACAAGCAACGCUUGGAUAUAACCGAAUUCAAGGACUCGGCCACUGAGUUGGACUUCCCGAGUUUUGAGAAACCAUUGCCAGCCAAGGUCUUAUGCUCCGUAGUUUUGAUGAAGAAGUCGGUCCGAACGUUCCUGGAGCACGCCAAGAUGAUGAGAGGGACCGGGGGAAAUGUCAUAAAUACGUUUGAUGAGCUCGAACCGCAUGCAGUGGCAUCCUUCGCAGGCCUCAGGCCGCCCGCGGUGAAACAACAGUUCAACGCGUUCGAGCUGGUGGUGGAGUUGGGCCUCAUGGUAGAGAUCAAGAUGGAUUAUAGGGUGAAUUUCCAAAUGGAGAGUGACGUCAUCAUGACGGCGGAUGAAAUAGGACAUGGGAUACAAAAGUUAAUGGGGAAGUUGGUAGCAAGAGGCGAUAGAAAGUGUAGGAGGUGA